GUAUUUGUGAAAACAAGAAAAAGAAUCAAUUUUAGUAAAUAAUGCUAUGGUUCGGUCUAUUUCAAUCUCUGAUUUGUUUUUGCCGGUACGCUAGGGUCGAUAGCUGGUCUAGACAUUCAUUUAUCAGAAAAUAUAAACUUCUUAUCUCGUCGUUUUUGAAUUUUGGAUAGGAAUACACAACAAAUUAAGUCGAACAUGUCAGAAAAAGCCCUUUCAGCUGUUGAAGCAGAAUUGUACGAUCGUCAAAUAAGGUUAUGGGGAAUCGAAUCGCAGGAGAAAUUACGGGCAGCAAAUGUUUUAUUAAUCAACUGCAGACAAUUAGGAUGUGAAAUUGCGAAAAAUAUACUGCUCUCUGGAAUUAACUCUCUAACUAUUCUGGAUGAUGCUGUUGUUACAGAAGAAGAUGAGAUCAGGAAUUUUUUCCUCUCUAGUGAUGCUAUAGGAAAGAAGCUGGCUGAAGCAGUACUCCAAAAAGCACAAUCGUUAAACCCUCUGGUGAAAUUAACUGCAGACACACAAAAUCCAUCAGAAAAAGAUGUUGAAUUUUACAAAUCAUUCACCAUAAUCAUAACAACUAUAAUUAAAACAGAUCUCCUAUUAAAAUUAGAUAAAAUAUGCAGAAGUAACAAUGUUAAGCUGAUUUCAGGAGAUGUUUUUGGAAUGUUUGGUUUUAGUGUUGCCGAUUUUUUAAAGCAUGAUUAUUAUGAGGAUCGUGUUCAAAUGUUGGGAAAAAAAAGGAGCCACGAUGGUAGUGAGAAGUCCACAGUUCAAGUUGAAGGUCUUAUUGAAUAUCCCGAACUCAAUAAGGUUUUGAUAUUCCCUAACACUAAACAAAGUGUUGAAGCGAUAAAAAAAACCAGGAGGAGAAAUGAAUUAUUUUUCCUUAUGCUAGUAUUAUUAGAAUUUAGGAAUGAAAACGCAAGGAAUCCUGAAAUAACUUCAAAAGAAGAAGAUAUUCAAAAAUUAAAAAUAAUAAAGAAUUCCAUAGUGGAAUUAUACAAGGUAAAGGAAAAUGUUUUUGAAGAUGCCUUGUUUGAACUUAUAUUUGGAGAAGUUGUUCCUGUUUGUGCUAUUUUGGGAGGAGUUAUAGCACAGGAGGUGAUAAAAGCUGUUUCUCAUAAGGAAGUUCCAAUCAAUAAUAUAUUUUUAUUGGAUCCUGUCACAUAUAAUGGAAAAGAAGAAUGCAUUGGGGCCUGAUUCAGUGAUCAUAUCUUUAGUUCAUAUCAUCAUACCGUUUUAUGUUAAAUCAUGUAUAUUUCUCCAGUAAUAAAAGAAAUUAUUUUACUCUAA